UAUAGGGGAGAGUGGGGUACAUUCGGCCCUGGGGUACAUUCGUCUUUUAAUGAGAUAGUUGGUAUUUUUCAAAUUUUCCGCCAAAAUUGCAAUGAAAUGUCAUCAUGCAAACAGCCAUGUUGGUUUGAUAAAGUGGGGUUAGUGUAAUUGUGCAUUUAGAUGUUUCUUUAUAAAUAUUAGUUUUAUUGCUUAAACAAGAUGCCACGCACAUAUACAAGAAAAACCGAAAGGGUUAAUAUUGACGAAAAAUCGAUGAAUUCGGCAAUGAAAGAAUGUAUCGCGAAGAGAUUGUCAGUGAAUGAAGCAGCCAGGCAGUAUGGCAUCAAAAGGACUACGUUGCAAUCCCGAAUUAAAACACUACUAAAAAAAAAGUCAUUAGAAGAAAUUCUCAGGGAAGAUUCGGGAAAUGAAAGUGAAGAAGCUGCCCCCAAAUACAAUAGCAAGUAUACAGCCAAGCAAGUCUUUACAAGAGACCAAGAAGAUGAACUUAGUGACUACAUAAAAAAAUCAUCAAACCUACACUAUGGAUUAUCAUACAGACAGAUUAGAGCUGUGGCAUAUGAAUUUGCAAAAUCAAUUCCUAAUUGUAACAUGCCUGAAAAUUGGGAAAGGAAAAAAGUGGCCGGACUGGACUGGCUAUACAAAUUCAUGAAAAGACAUCAAGAUUUGUCAUUGCGAAAACCAGAAAGUACCAGUUUAAGCCGUUCAAUGGCAUUUAAUAAACCUGUGGUUGAUGAAUUUUUUGAUAAAUAUGCUUCUGUCUUGGAAAAGUACAAAUUUCGUGCCGAUCAAGUGUGGAAUUUGGAUGAAACAGGAAUCACAACUGUUGCCAGGCCUGUAAAAGUUGUCACUACUAAAGGGAAAAAGCAAGUGGGUCAAAUUUCUUCAGCAGAGAGGGGAUCGUUAGUCACCUUUGUGGGCAUCAUCAACGGUGUUGGCGCGACGGUUCCUCCUAUAUUCGUAUUUCCCAGGAUUCGAAAUCCCUCUGAAUAUUUAUCAGAAGGGUCGCCUUUGGGAUCCAUUGCACUAGGAAAUAAGUCUGGUUGGAUGACCUCGGAAUUAUUCCCAGAUGUUUUGAAACAAAUAGUAAAUUAUACUCACUGUUCUGAAGACAGCAAAAUCUUGCUACUUAUAGACAACCAUGAAUCCCACAUCUCGGUGGAAACAAUAAAAUAUUGUAAAUCCAAUGGAAUUGUUCUGCUGUCAUUUCCACCCCAUACUACUCACAGGCUUCAGCCGUUAGAUGUGGGAGUUUAUGCCCCAUUCAAAGCUUACCUGGCCACAGCAUUCAAUGAUUGGAUGUUAGCGCACCCAGGUCGAGCCAUAACCAUAAGAAAUAUUGGAUAUUUGGCAAACAAAGCAUAUGAAAAUGCCUUUUCCAUUAAAAAUAUUACUCACGCUUUCAAGAAAACUGGUUUAUGGCCAAUCAACCGAAUAAUGUUUUCUGAUGAGGAUUUUAUAGCGAGCAAGGUGACAGAUAGACCUUUAACUCAAUAUGAACCUCAGCUAGGACCACGUGAUAAUGAAGAUAAAGAGAAUCGAUCACCCAGACCUGAACACAAUGGCUCACAUGGGAAUCUAUUAAAUGAUGCUGCCAAUGAUAAUCCAAAUUUUCAGGAAGGUACUCCUCCGGACCUUUUAUACAGCUCAGCGCAACCUUCAACUUCUGGUCUAAGUUUGGAGAAACUGGUCCCUUAUCCCAAAGCUUCCAUUUCCAAACCAAGGAGAGGUAAAAAGAAGUCAAAAUCAACAAUAUACACCGACACUCCUGAAUUGUUGAUAAGGGAGAAUAUUGAAUUGGAAAAAAAGAGAAAGCAAGAAGUAAAGAAAAACCGGACGGCGAAGAGAAAUAUUUUAUUCGACAAAAAAGUGGAAAAGCAGAAAAUAAAAAAGCAUGAGGAAGAAUCAAGUGAUUCUGAUAUCUCAUUGGAUGAUGUUAUAUCCAACAGCAGUGAUGACUUUGAAGAACUAGAAACGGCUUCCGAAGGAGAUAUUGAAGUUGGCGACUACGUUUUAGUUAAAUUUCCUACAAAGUCUGGAAUAUUGAUGCAUUAUGCAGGUCGCAUUGAACAAGUUAAUUCCCCUAUAUAUACAAUAAAGUUCAUGAGGAGAAGGGGAUUUAGCCAGAAAUUUUUUUUCCCUUCAGUGGAAGACAUAACUGACACUAAUAUUUCGGACAUUGUUGCCAAACUUCAAACUCCACCUCAAACUGGCACUGCAAGGACUUCAUCUAUGUAUACGUUUUGUUAUAAUUUCAGUUCUCUUAAUGUAUAUUAAAUAAAUAACGUCAAGUUUAUAGAUCUUUUGUUUAAAUAAUGUACUAACGAAUGUACCCCAUCCCUAGGCCGAAAGUACCCCACUUAUGGGGUAGUUUCAUCAUUUUUUUACAUUUCGAAAAACUGCAAAUAAAUAUAUAAUAGAGGUAUACAGCGAGCCAAGCAUGUGUCCUAAACUUUCCUAAUCUUUGUUAAUAGGUAUGGUAUCUAAGAAUUUGUUCUGAAUACAUACAUGUGAAUCUGACGAUUUUUUUAAUAAAAAAGGGCCGAAUGUACCCCACUCUCCCCUAC